AUGAUAGUGCGACACUGCUUUUCAACGGCAUUGCCGACGCUUCGAACCACUUGGGCUCCUGCGUGGACGCGCAUCAAACCGGGAUUAGACCUCUAUAGACAAUCCAAGGCGUUUCUGGGCACUGAAUCAUCCAUGAGGCUGACAAAACCCAAACCAUUAAGAGAAUGGAUCCCAUCUGGAUCUUGGGAUAGUCAUAUGCACGUCACGGACAAAAAAUACCCAGUCGUCGAAGGGGCACCAUACUUUAGCAAACCAGAUCAGAAACUCGACGACGCAAUGGCAUUCGAGUCAUCUCUUAGAAUUCAGAACAUCGUCCUGGUUCAACCUUCGAUUUACGGUACUAACAACUCAUGUCUUCUCGAAGCCCUUCGGCACAUUGGACCUUAUCACGGGCGAGGCGUGGUGGAUAUAGACCCGCUCGAGACAAAACGGCCAACGUUGAGAAAAUGGCACGCACUGGGUGUGCGCGGCGUACGAGUGAACUUCAUGUCCAAAGGGAUGACACCAUCUCAUCAACAACUAGACAAUGCGCUCUCAAAACGAGCAGAACUCAUUCGAGAGCUGGGCUGGAUGAUUCAGAUCCACACACCCAUGAGCACGAUGUCACACUUGGAAGACAUCAUUCCAAAACUCGGCGUCAAAGUCUGCAUCGACCAUUUUGGAUGUCCUGAUCUCCCCAAAGUGGACUGGGAGCAGGGGCAAUAUUUCGACCCGUACCUCUUACGGGGUUUCCCGUCACUAAUGGCUCUACUCCAUCGGGGAAAUACGUGGGUGAAAGUCUCCGCACCAUAUCGCUUCAGCAAGGAUAUAAAUCUUCGAGAUAUUGACGUCAUGGCUCGCGAGUUCAUACGCGAGGUGCCUCACCGGGUGUUAUAUGCUACAGACUGGCCUCACACUAGAUUCCGCAACAUUGAUAUUGAACCAUUUACAGAGAUGAUUCUACGACGGUGUGGCUCGUGGGCCGUAGCGAAGAGAGUGUUUCGAUACAAUGCGGAGGACUUGAUGAAUUGUCGUCUCGAUAUCUAG